AUGGCUAGAUUUAUUAUGGACCUUAUUCUGAAAAUUAUUUCAAAAGUGCCACUGAUAAGAGAUCUGAUUAGAUGGAGAAUAGUCAAUAAAGAGUGGAAUAAAGAACUACGAGAACCUAGCUUUGUUGAAGAACAUUUAAAAAAUCAGGAGGUGACUGAUAAGUUUCUUCGUGGGAGUUGCAUGAUCAGUGGUAGCUAUCAUGGCAUUUUAUGCGUAAAUGCCACUCUUUCGGAUGACUUAAAACUUGUUUGUCUCUGGAAUCCUUCCUUAAACAAGUUGAGAGAGCUUCCCCAACCACCACUAGAGUUACAAUUUCACAUGGGAUUUGGAAGCUGCAAGAACAACUACAAAGUUGUCCGACUGUCAAAGAGCACAACUAGACUUACUAAUAAUCACAUCUCGAUGUGUACUGGAGUGUUCCGGUUCAACGAGAACAGGUGGAUAGUUUCUUUGGACCAGUUCACUAUUGUUGUGCCGCCCGAAACAAUUUUGGAUAGAUUUGGGAGCUUCCACUGUGAUCAACGUCCUGUUUUUUGCAAGAACAACUUGAAUUGGAUUUUGAAUUUACCCACUUCGGGUCAUCCAAGAGCAACUCACCACAGAGGGUUACCAAAUACCAUCAUUACAUUUGAUAUUGAGGAGGAGGAGUUGAAUUUUAUGCGUUCUCCACGGCCACUAUUGCCCCAUGCAACUCUGGCAGUGAUAGAAAAUCAAUUAUCUAUCCUUACUCAUUCUAAUGACAGCAAGUCAAUAGAACUUUGGAUCAUGUCUUCUUAUGGAGUUGAAGAGUCUUGGAAUUUGAAGCACAACAUAGUGCAUCACGUCUCAGCUAUGAAGAGAGUUUUCUGGUUUUCAGAGUCAGAAGCAGUAGUAAGUGUCAAGGAGAGUGUCAAGCAGCGGAGGAAGUCUCAUGAUGAUUUGGUGGACAAGGAUGAUGAAGACGAACAAGUCUUGAGUCUUAAGUGUGAUGAGGAAUAUGUAGAGGAAGUCUUAAGUGUGAUGAAUUUGCUCGACGGAAUCGAUCAAGUAAAGGCGAGGUUCCGUAAUAUCUUUGAUGUGGAGUUGAUCGAUUAA